AUGGCGGGAGUCGGGGGCCCUGCGAGGCCUUCACAAAGUGAAAGUGACUUUGAGAUGGUGGCAGCUCUUUAUUAUACCAUAAAGAAACUGAAGAGGCACCAGGCCUUCCCCCCAAGUUUCCAGGAGUUUGUGACAAGCACUUCUGGACACUUUGCUGCCCGCCGUGGGGGGCGGUGUUCUGCCCCUCUCUCGGGGAGUAAACAGGCACUGGAGGCCACCGUCAGGCAGCCGGCCUGGCUCUGGCGCCGCCGGGGCGACCACGCCUCCGAGGGUGCUGCUGCGCAGGUGCCGGGGCAGAGGCGGGAGGGACGACCCGGGCGGUCCCUGGGUGUGGAGCGGCCGAGCCCCCUUUUGCACCGGAAGCCCCGGGAGCUUCUAGUACUGACGUGCUCUCGGACCAGUCUCCGCGAUGCCGCGGUGACCGAUGGGGCUUGUGGUCCCCUAGCCAGUGCCACUAGACCAGACAAACUACGCAUCCCACAAAUCCUUGCGCCAGAGGGGGCUCCCUGCGGUCGCGAAGCAGGCCCCCUUAGCCCGCCCUCGGACUACAACUCCCGCCGUGCCUUGAGCCGCGAUCCCCGCGGCAGGGACCGUGACUGUCCCAAAGGCUCCCUGGGAGUUGUAGUGCCUAGAUAUCGCCCCCGAGGCCCUGGCCUCAGCCUGCCCCCCCCUGUCGGCGGUGCCGGGCCCCCCCUGGGGCUUCCCAAGCCAAAGAAGAGAACAGAGCCGGUGAAGAUCGCGGCGCCUGAGCUGCACAAGGAGGAUUCAGAUUCUGAGGAAGAUGAACCCACAAAGAAGAAAAUCGUCCUUCAGGGAUCCGGCGAGGGGACUGGUUUGUCUGCCUUGCUUCCCCAACCUAAAAAUCUGACUGUGAAAGAGACUAACAGGUUGCUCCUGCCCCAUGCCUUCUCCCGGAAACCCUCAGAUGGCCCCGCUGAUGCCAAGCCCUCCAGACUGGCCUCUAAGGCCAAGCCCUCCUCUCUUGCACCUGUUAUGGGCACCACAACCACCACCCCGUCGCCCUCUGCCAUCAAGGCUGCCGCCAAGAGUGCUGCCCUGCAGGUGACGAAGCAGAUCACGCAGGAGGAGGACGACAGUGAUGAGGAAGUGGCCCCUGAGAACUUUUUCUCCCUCCCUGAGAAGGCCGAGGCAGCUGGAGUUGAGCCAUACCUUUACCCCGUCCCCACUGUCCCUGAAGAGCUGCCUCCGGGCACAGAGCCGGAGCUGGUGUUCCAGGACGAUGCAGCCAACGCCCCCCUCGAGUUUAAGAUGGCAGCGGGCUCCAGUGGGGCCCCUUGGAUGGCUAAGCCUGGGGAUGACUACAGCUACAGUCAGUUCUCUGCAUAUGGCGAUGCCAAUGCCGCUGGUGCUUAUUAUCAGGAUUAUUACAGUGGUGGCUACUAUCCUACGCCGGACCCGGCCCUGGUCUCCUCCCAGGAAAUCGCCCCCGACGCCUCCUUCAUCGAUGACGAGGCAUUUAAGCGGCUACAAGGCAAGAGGAACCGAGGGAGAGAGGAGAUCAACUUCGUGGAGAUCAAAGGUGAUGACCAGCUCAGCGGGGCCCAGCAGUGGAUGACCAAGUCAUUGACAGAAGAGAAGACCAUGAAGUCGUUCAGCAAAAAGAAAGGUGAGCAGCCAACAGGCCAGCAGCGGCGGAAACACCAGAUCACCUAUCUGAUUCAUCAGGCUAAAGAGCGGGAGCUGGAACUGAAGAACACCUGGUCAGAGAACAAGCUCAGCCGCCGCCAGACCCAAGCCAAAUACGGAUUCUAGGGCUCUGGAGCCGACCACUCCCAGAUGUCCCAGCCCAGGCGGCACAGCCCCCAGCUUCGCCUCUGGGACCCCCACCACUCUAAGCCCAGGACCUCUUUCCCUGAGGCCCCAGCCCUCGCCUCUGCGAGAAUGAACAUAUUUGAUAGGUUUUUCUUAACAAGUUAGAAAAUCUAGCUCCUUCCUUUGACAGAUCCAGCAGAGACUUAUGUGCUGCCUGCACGGCCAGCUCUGGGAUGGGAGUUCCCUGCCAGGUGUGGUCAGAUGUUGGACUCUCCCCAACCUUUUUUUUUUUUUUUUUAAAC